AAUCAGCUUUGAGAUACAGCAUAAAUUGGCUCAAUCAGCUGUAAGAGUGUCAAAAAUAUCAGAUUAACUCUUCAUUGAAUACAGAGAGUUUUAAUUGUUUAUUUUUCUGCAGAGGUAAGAGCUUAUUUUGUUGUUUUUUUUCAAUUGCACAUUUUUUUUGGAGAGUUUAAUAAAUUAAUUCAAUGAGGUAUUUGUUACAAUAUUUAAUGUUAGCUGUCAUUUCUAGAUUUUUAAAAAAAAAGGCAGUUUGUAAUUUUUAUUUUGUUGAUUCAUUAAGUCACCAGAGGAGUAUUUAUUGUUUGUGGUGUAAUGUAAAAUUGUCAGAGUUCGCCGAUGAAAUUCGCGGCCCAUACACAUUAGCUUAUCGAGUCUUGUAAUAAUAUGCACUGUGAUACUGUGAUGAUUGUGAUAUGUGAUGUGGUGCUCGUGCUAUGUAAAGCGGUGCCUGUGAUAUGUUAUGCGAUAAUUGUAAUAUGUCAUGAUGCUUUUAUGAAUCAUUUUUUUUUUAAAAAUAUUUUCACUCCGUUAUGCUAUUUGGAUAAUUAUAACUUUCUUGAAUAAAUUUUCCGCAUGUUAUGAAAUCAUCUUAUAUUUAUAAUGGUCUCAAUGCGCAUAGUUAUUUAUUUUUCUAUAUACUUUAUCCCUUUUUUUCUCUUUAUUUUGCCAUUUUUUUUUUUUAAAUUUGAAUUACUGUAAUCUAUUUAAUUUGUUACAGAAUUUUACCAGCCAUGGACUUUUCAAAACUUUGCAAGGAGUACUGUAAAGUCUAUAAUAUUUCAGGUAUUUGCUUUUGCUUCAUUCAAAAAGCUGCAUGUUUUACUAAAUUUUUGAUUCUCCAUACAAUUUCUUCUAUGGAUUACACUUUCAAAUAUUAGAAUAAAUUCCCUGGAUGGGAGACUCUCAGCAUUCUGCCUACUUGUCCAAUUAGUUGAAUUUGAAAUGAGCCAACAAAUCUGCUUUUAAAAAAGUAUACACAUGACGUCACCAGGAGUGGGUUAAUGAAAAGCGAAUAUGAAGUUUUGAUUCUUUUACAUUCAAAGUUUAACAAAUUAUUAUUAUUAUUAUUUUUAUUUUUUACAUCGCAGGUGAGCCCAAUCUUGACCUGCUCAAGCUCUCCAUUGAAGGUGACGUCACGUGGACCGAAUCCACAACUCAGCUGACAUCCCAAGAAGCUACGUCCAGACAGGUCAGUUUUUAGCAUUAAUCUAGGGGCUGUCACUCAUUCGUCUUUUUCAUUGUAAGAAAAUGACUAUUUCGUAUCUUUUUUCUUCUCAAUGUCAUUUUCGAUGUACUUGAUACAAUAACUGAAUUUAAUUAUAAAUACUUUUUUAAGACACAUUUUCUCUUUCUUUAUUGUAUUUGUUUAACUUAACAUGCUUUAUAUAAAAAAAACAUAUUUAUUUAUUUUUUGACAAGACCGUAUCUAACAUAUAGCGCCCGCGGGCACCAUACAUUCUGGGGUUACAUUCUUUCAUAGCGCCGCAAGCACCAUAUAUUCUGGGGUUACAUUCUUUCAUAGCGCCGCGGGCACCAUAUAUUCUGGGGUUACAUUCUUUCAUAGCGCCCGCGGGCACCAUAUAUUCUGGGGUUACAUUCUUUCAUAGCGCCGCGGGCACCAUAUAUUCUGGGGUUACAUUCUUUCAUAGCGCCGCGGGCACCAUAUAUUCUGGGGUUACAUUCUUUCAUAGCGCCCGCGGGCACCAUACAUUCUGGGGUUAUAUACUUUCAUAGCGCCCUUGUUUAUUAGAGUAUCAUUUUUUUUUAAAAUUAUUAUUGCAAUCGUCACAGAUUGCAUGCACUUCCAUAUAAAUAUGACGGAGGCAGCCCGACAGCAUAGUUAACAUUAAUUUAUUGCCAGACAGCACAUUUAAUAUUAAUUUAUGUUGUCCCCAGUUAAACGUGAUGUACACACCAAGCCAGAGAGAACUCUACAGCGAUGUGGAGACAACCAGGGAGUCAGUGUGCAAGACCAAGGUGACAAUUCACCAGGGCUUAGCACCAGGUGAGUUGUAGCCAAUAGUUGAAUCAACAGCGUGCAUAGAUAAAUGCAGUUAGAAGAAAUGGAGAUACAUGACAUAGACAAUGGAUGUAUGUUGUUAAGACAACGAGCACGUGAAUCUUAUGAAAUCCAUUUCCCAUACGACAGACAACUGUUAAUUAGCCGAAAUAAGGCAGAUUUUAAUGUCUGGUUAUUUAAAAGUGUGCAAUAUUUAUAUUUUUUGUAUCAAUUAUGCCCCUUGUUUAGUGCCGAAUUUCCACAAUGUCAAAUUUACCAUUACAUGUCAAAUCAUGUAUCAUAUCUUAACAUCAUUUCACGGUAAAAUGAUGUCUCUGCUUCAGGUCUGAACAAACCACUGAAAGUACCAACAUCAAAUAUGAAACAACCCUUGGGGAAAUACGUGGAGAUACAGCCUGGAAAAUCCACCCACGAGAGAGAGAACAAGAUGAUGAUUAAGUUGGGCAGCGCUCACAGAAUGGACAGCAGCAAUCCAGCCGUCGCCACAGUCUCAGACAAAGAAACUCAUUACAUUGGUAGGUCGGGGUUCUUAAAUUUUAUUUCUUUCAUUGCAUGGUUAGCUCAAGUGGCCAAAAUACUAAAUGUUUUAUUGCAUAAUUGGGUCAAGUGGCUAAAAUACUAAAUGUUUUUUUGCAUAAUUGGGUCAAGUGGCUAAACACUAAAUGUUUUACUGCAUAAUUGGGUCAAGUGGCUAAAAUACUAAAUGUUUUUUUGCAUAAUUGGGUCAAGUGGCUAAAUACUAGAUGUUUUACUGCAUAAUUAGGUCAAGUGGCUAAAAUACUAAAUGUUUUACUACAUGAUUGGGUAAAGUGGCCAAAAUGCAAAUGUUUUACUGCAUAAUUGGGUCAAGUGGCUAAAAUACAAAAUGUUUUACGGCAUGAUUGGAUCAAGUGGCUAAAAUAAUAAAUGUUUUACGGCAUGAUUGGGUAAGUGGCUAAAAUACAAAAUGUUUUACUGCAUGAUUGGGUAAGUGGCUAAAAUACAAAAUGUUUUACUGCAUCAUUGGGUCAAGUGGCUAAAAUACAAAAUGUUUUACUGCAUCAUUGGGUCAAGUGGCUAAAAUACAAAAUGUUUCACUGCAUGAUUGGGUCAAGUGGCCAAAAUGCAAAUGUUUUAAUGCGUUUUUAGUUUAAUAUAGACAAAGCACUUGCUAAAAACUUUCUACAUGCUCAUUAUUACGCGCUGUCAGGAGAAACUCUUCCAAACCAAAUACAUCAACGACAUUCUAAGAAAUUAGGUGAAUAAAUAAGUAGAUCAUAAUGACAGUGUCCAAUUUUUUUCGAGUAAUUUUUUUUUUAAAGUUCCAAAUUACAUGCAUUUACUCAAAAAAUACUUGACGAAAACUAUAAAUGUCGUUCUUCCAAAGGUCGUUUUUCCUGUAAAGUCAAGCUUGGUGGAAAAGUCCUAAUUCCACACGACAACGUCGCGGUUGAGGAAUUCGGCAUCGCAGACAUUGUCAACGACGUGAAGCUCUGGCCACCGGUAAAUCAGCAAGCGGUGGGAAAAGACGUGAAUGCCCUAGAGAUUGUGAGAGGUGAAGACAAGGCACCGCAAUAUGUCACGUGGGAUGUGGUUGGGACAUGCGAGUUCCAGGGAGAUUUUGAACAGACCAUCAAGUGGAGUUAAAUUUUCAUCGUAAUUUUAUUUUGGGAUUAUAGCUACGUCUAUGCUUACUUUGUUGGUGUGUGUAAGAAAGGGAAUAGUUUGCAAUGAAUGGUGUUUGUCGUUGGUGAUGAAAAUUUAAAUGAAUAAAUUAAAUAUUUUUUGUGUGAAAUUUAAAUAGACCAACUAGAUAAAAUAAUGAAAUUAAGAUAGAAUUUUUUUUUUUAAAAAACGAAAAGAAAAAUAAAGAAUGAGAGAAAAAAGGAAGAGAGAAGGAAUAAAAGAAAAAAAAAGAAAAGAAAGACAAAGAAAGAAUCGUAAAGAAAUGAAAGUUUGGAAGAAAGGACAGGAAGAAAAUAAAAUUAAAAAAAGUGAAAGAAAUGAAGAAUUAUUUCGUUUCUCG